CACUCAAGCAAAACUGUAGGCUAAUAAAUUUCAGUCUCCUUCGCCUGUACACUCUUCCUUCCAAGUUUGUUUUCCUCUUUCAAUGGGCGUCCUACUCGAUCCCCGUGAGUAAACCUAUUCCCCUGCAUAAUAGUUUUAUAAUGAAGCCACGCUCUCCAGACAAAUAACAUUUACAGUUGUUUCCAUACUCCUCUGGGUCAAUACAACUUCCCCAAAGAUAACGCACUGUGCACAUAUGUUUGCUCCACUUAUGAAUUAGCAUGUUUGACUGAGAAUCAUGAGUCCCUAUCCAAGAAGUCACCUGGUACAGCAUAUCUAUGUUGACACUGUAUACAGCAGCAGGUUGGUUUUGUGAUUCACUUCGGGUUCGAAAGAUGAAUCUCACUCCUUCAGACGACUGCUGCGCCUUCGAUUCUCCCAUCCUGGACCAUGUUUUGCCUCCAAUACUGAUCUUGGAGUUCAUGUUUGGAUUGAUGGGGAACUUUGUCGCCCUGUGGAUGUUCAUCUUUCACAUGGACACAUGGAAGCCAAACUCGGUGUACCUGACUCACCUGGCUGUUGCCGACUCCAUUGUGCUGUUCUGCCUACCUUUCAGGGCCGACUACUACAGGCGUGGAAAGAACUGGUUGUACGGCGAUGCCCUGUGUCGCAUCCUGCUCUUUCUGCUGGCGGCCAACCGUGCAGCAGGGAUCUUCUUCCUCACCGCCGUGGCUGUUGACCGUUACUUCAAGAUUGUCCACCCAAUGAACCGGAUCAACCGAAUGGGCCUGGGCUACGCUCUCUGGGUCUCCCUCGGCAUCUGGGGUCUGAUUUUUCUUGCCACCGGAUAUCUUCUUGCUAACGAACACUUCUACUACAAUAGCAACCGUACACAGUGUGAGAGUUUUAACAUCUGCAUGGGCUUCAGUCCCCUCUCCACCUGGCACAACACUUUCUAUGUCAUCCAGUUUUUCCUGCCCACCGUAAUCGUCGCUUUCUGCUCCAUCAGAAUUACAUGGCAGCUGAGAGUCAGGACCAUGGACAAGCAGGGCAAAAUCAAACGGGCCGUUAAGUUUGUCUUGGCUGUGGCUUUAAUUUUUAUUACUUGCUUUUUUCCCAGCACCAUAUCACGCAUUGCUGUCUGGAUCCUCAAGGUAUGGUAUGAUGAAUGCAAAUACUUCCAAGUAGCCAACCUGGCAUUCUACACGUCGGUGUGUUUCACCUACUUCAACAGCGUCCUCAACCCUGUUGUGUAUUAUUUCUCGAGCCCUGCCUUCAGUGGCGCCUUCCACAAGCUCCUGAAUAAAUUGCUGAGAAGGAACGACGACGACAAAGAUGAGGCAGAUUCAACUGAGAACGGCAUUCACACUGUUGAUGCUAGAAGGCUUUAAACCCGGUGCUGCUGGGUUCCCUGCUGACUGUGUUUGACUGAUUGUGAAAAGCAAAAUUACACACCCAAAAUAAUCAUUUGUAACUUUGUGCCGUGUAUUGGUAUAGUUAGAACAAAAACCCCUGUGAUAGUAUUUAGAGUAAUUAUGAGCCAUUAACACGAUAAGGUUUACUACUUGUAAAGGCAACAAUAUAGAGUAUGUAAUGUGUGUAU